UGGCUGGAACCCUUAACUACAUAUUAUCUUGCUACAAAAUGGAGUACGAGGCCCUCAUGUUACAGCCCUUUGUUUCGUCCACCGUUAAGAAUUCAAGCUUUUGUCGCAGGCUAGCUUCAGUAAUGUGUGCAGAGCCUGAAGUCAACGAUAGUGUUGUUUAUGAUACUGUUUGUAAUAACAGUUAUGUAUGUGUUAUGUUAUCCCCAAAGCACGUGCUGGCCAUGUGCUUUAUGCAGGAUCCCAGAAUAGUUGAUAGCCAGACAGCUUGUGACCCCAGUGAUACUCAUCUGCCUGAAAAUUUCUCAACAACGUCUUCAGAUAUUAUGACAACCUCAAAGCAAAUUCCAUCAUAUGUAAAAAAUGCAGUGAUCAAUACAUCCAGUAUAACAAGAGCAGAUGCCACAGAUGCAAACAUCAGUAGGCCCUCCGGAAGUUCAAGGGCUGAAGCUCGUUGAAAUAGAGGAUGGUCAGGCACCAGCGGAGUUAGACUUGGAGAAAUCAGAUGAAGCAUCCCAGACCCCUUCCCCUGACAGUGGACCAAGUCAGCCCCAAAAGGUAGCAGCCAAAGAACCCAAGGCCAGUGGAAAUACAGUUCAGGAGAAGGUGGCAAAGGAGACGGAAUCUGACUCCUCUGCAGGGGAAACCCUGGAGCCCAUGGAGGUUGAGGGCUCAGGAUUUGGAGAGGUAAACUUAGAGGAGGAGGAGUUUGCCCCUAGUGAGGAGCUUGCUACAGUGGCCCCUCCUCCUUCCUCUACCCCACCUCCAGUUGAGCCCAAGCAACUUUCAAGCUCACCAACAAACAAAGAAUCAAUUGUAGUUCGAUUAUCUAAUAAGAUUAAGGCCCUGGAGUACAACAUGUCAAUCAGCAGUCAGUACCUUGAGGAGUUGAGCAGAAGAUACAAGCGACAGAUGGAGGAAAUGCAGAAGCAGUUUAAUCUCACUAUCGCUGCCUUGAAUGCCACAUCCCGCCAGGCCUAUGAGCGGGACCAGGAGCACCAGAGGGACAUCAAGAGCCUGGAGGAGCAACUUGGGAAUGUGAGCAACAUCCUGGAAAAGCUUGUGGAAGAAAGAGAGACUCUGGCACACACAGUAGUGGAGCAACACUUGCUACUCAUGGUGGUGGAAGUUGUGGUACUGUGUGUGGUGUUCACUAUUUGCCACAGGAGGAGGAUUGCUGAUAUAAGACAGGAAAAUGGAGCUUUAAAUGAAAGGAGAGCACAAACCCCAAGUGAAGACCCUGAAAGUCAAAUUGGACAUGAGAGCAGAAGAUGCAAUUUUGAAGACCAGAUACCCAGUCGAGUGAGAAGACGGUCAGUAGACAGUAUCACCAGGGAGAGAGCAUCUCGGCCACGUCGACGAAGGCCCAGUGAAGAGGCACUCAAUAUAUCAGGUACAUAUCAAGACCUUCUCAUCAUCGAGCCAGCUAUCCCUAUCUUGAUGGAUUCAAUGGUAGACCACAAGAAGAAGAGGAAGUCGAGCAGCGGAACACUGAAGAGGUCAAAGUCCAAUGCCAGCAUAGUGGAAAAUUCCACCUUAUCCUCCAGGAGAGCAAAACGUAUAGAGAAGCUUAACAAGUCAAGUGCAGGAGUACUAUUCUGCGGGGACAAAAGUGAGUCAUGUUCCACACCCAUCACCCCUCUGUCAUCUCCAGACUCACCAGAUAUAUCUGGGAUACCUUAUGAACCAUUCUAUAAUGAACAGGACAGUGUGUUUUAUGAAAUGUUGGAGGAAGGGGACCCUUGCAUUCCGAGGCCUUUUAUCAGUGAGUUAGAGCCAGGGGGGAAGGUGUUAGUUGACACAGAGCCAGUAACUUCUAAGAGACAUUCUUUACCUUGUUGCACUAACUGUGAUAGCCAAAAUAAGAAAUCUGGUAAACUUUCUAAGUCAAUAUCUCUAUGCAGUGCAUCAGAAAGUAAUAAGAGUGGGAAGGAGAAGGGCAAAAAGGUUAAAAAGAUCAGGAAGACAAAGGAUAAUAAUGUAGAAAAUAGGUAUUUUAGUUCGCAGGGAUUAGAUCAAGACAGGCUUAAUGAUCAUGAUGAAGUUUUUUCCAUGACUAAUGGAACAUCAUAUGAUUUCCAAGGCCAUCCUAAUGAAUUUUAUCCUAAUGGACACAGCAGUGUGCACUUCAGCGAAGAUACAAAAAUAAAUGGUGAGCAUGGUCUCUUUUACAGUUAUACACCAAAUAGUGUAUAUGCAGAUGGCUAUGCAAAUGGCAUCGAUUCUCAUACUCCAUUAUAUGUGGGAAAGAACUUUAUGUACACAGAUCAUGAUCGGUUACUUGUGAGUGAAAGACAAAAGGUCAUUCCAAAAGCCAAGACAAAGGUAAAGCUCCGGUCAGAUAACUGGGAAUGGUACUCAUCACAACACCCAGGGGGAAGCAGCAGCGAGACAGUGAGCACAUGCAGUGACUCCAGCAGUAGGAGUCGAAAAUUUAAAAAAGAGGAGGGGCAGGUGCCAGGGGAUGUAUCCAACACAGAGAAGAAAGUGAAGAAGAAGAAGUCAAAGGUGAGAUCACCAGUUUUAACAAAGGAAGAUGCUAUACCAGAAAGAGAUACAGGAACCUGACCAAUUAACUGCUGCCAGCGUUGCCAUUGUAUUGUUCUCCUCGGACAAAGAUUACCUUUGUGAGAUGCGCUGUGGGAAUUAAAGAGGAUAUUUCAGCAGGCUACUGACUAUU